AUGAUCAUUGGAACGGCGCUCGUUGCACCGCUGCCAUUGGAUGCAGCUGCCGACAGUAGUCCUCUGACUCAGACGCCCUCGGCGGAGCCAGUCGCGGCUACACUUGUGCCGGUCGAGCUCCAGGCAUCGCCGCUGCUGGCGCCGUUCGCCAACCUCCGCGAGCUCCGCCUCGCUGACCGAGGCGGUCCCAGCCGCUCCUCCACGCCGCCUCCGCCACAGAGCAACUCGGCGUCGUCCUCAGAGGCCAUCCGGGCGGACGCGACGAUAAUCUCGUACGAAGAGGAGCAGCAGGAGCUUGAGCGGCGAGCCGAGUACCGGAUCGCCCAUCACAAGCUCUCUGUCCUCGAGAGGCUCGAUCGCGUGCGGCGCGGGCAGCACUCUCGGAGCAUGGCGCACGACUCCCCGUCCUCUCCGCGCGCGCCUGACGACGACGACGUCGACACCACCGACGAACCACCUUUGCUGGUUGCGCGCAGGAGGUCGCUCGGCGGAGACGCGAUGGCGCACGCCGACGCUGGUCGCCGACGGGCGGCGGCGAGUGACUCUGGGGGGGCAACGCUCUGCGAGAUUGACGCGGCGGCCAAUUUUGCGGCAGCUCCGCGCUGCGAGGAGCCCCGGAUUCGUGUUGGAAGCUUCGAGAGGGAGUCGUCGCAGUUCGAAUCGCUCCAGUUUGAGGACGAGGAGUCCAAGGUACAUCUAGAGCUGCGUGCCGACGAUUCCGAAUCCUCAGGCUUCGCCCUCGUGCUUGUUUCGUUUGCGCUCACGCUUGCCAUCGGCUUCAUCCUCGGCUCUAUCUCCACCCUUAUCACGCUCACAGAGUCGUGGAUCUACGAAGGCCGUAAGCAGCUCGUCGAACGUGUGAUGUGGCCGUGCGGACAGGCCUGCGCGGAAACGGAGGCGCGCCCAACCGCUGCCUUUUUUGCAUACCUCGGCGUCAACCUGGGACUGGUCCUGGCCGCCGCACUGCUAACUACACUCGCACCGCGAGCUGCCAUGUCGGGUCUCCCGCCGCUCAAGGCUUACCUCAAUGGCACGCGCGUGAACGACCUUCUUUCGGUACGGACCCUCAUCGCAAAGGUCGUCGGCAUCACUCUGAUCGUCUCGACAGGCUUGCCGCUUGGCCGCGAGGGUCCGAUGGUUCACACGGGUGCGAUUGUCGCGGCGACCCUCUCCCGCCUGCGCGUUCGCCCGAUGCCACGCCUGCUCCUCGGCCUGCCGAGUCGCCAGCGCACCUGGAUAGGGAUGGGCUGUGCGGCGGGUGUUGCUGCCGCAUUCAACGCGCCAUUAGGCGGGAUCCUCUACGCCUUUGAAGAGGUAUGCUCCCACUGGUCUGCUUCGCUCACUUGGCGCUCCUUCUUUUGCGUCGUGAUUGCAGCCUACACCUUCAAUACAUUCAUUCGCCUGUACGUCGAUGGGUCGGAUGGGAUCGCGGAGGGACAGCCCGGGGACACGGCGGUCGUCAACCAGGCGCUCAUCACCGAUAGCUUCAUCAUCGGCCUGGACGCCGAGGGUAGCCACAAUUACGGGUACUCGGAUUUUGGCUGGCUGGUCGUGAUCGGCAUUGUCGGUGGCAUUGUCGGCUCGCUCUACACACGAGCGGUGAUCUUCGGUGUCUCUUCACGCAUCCGCCUUCUGGGCGGGCGCCCGCGCUUGAAGGUGCUCGACGCUCUUCUCUGGUCGACGAUUGCGUUUUGCACGUUCUACUGGGCGGGCGCCUUCUCAGAUUGCACGGCCUGCCCACCCGAGUCGUCCUGCUACGGCGGGGGCACAAAUGCAACCGCCACGGACCGCAUGCUGCAAGAGCUCCCCGCCACGUCCCGCGGGCGGAGGCUGGCGGGCGCAGGCGGUGGGCUUGUUUUUGUCCAGCACUGGUGCGAGGAGGGGGAGUACAAUGAGCUGGCCACGCUCUUCCUCUCGCCACAGGAGGGUCUGAUAAAGCACUUGCUGCAGCGCACCGAGGUUGAGGUCACGCCAUCCGCCUUGGGCAUCCUGCUCGCUCUCUACACCGUGAUCGCGGUCCUCGUGUUCGGCAUCGCGGUUCCGGCAGGCAACUUUAUUCCCGCGCUCACCAUCGGCGCAGCCAUGGGGCGUCUCCUCGGCGAGGUGUUUCCGGAUGACAGCGACCCGGGGCGGUUCGCGCUGAUGGGCGCCGCUGCGGUCCUCUGCGGGGUGACACGAAUGACCAUCACCCUUGCCGCAAUCCUCGUCGAGGUGACUCACGACGUGGGCGCGCUCCUGCCGCUCAUGUUCACGCUCGCCGUCUCCAAGAUUUCGGCCGAUCUCCUCGCGCCGUCGUUCGACGACGGCAUGAUGCACGCGCAGCGGCUGCCCUUUCUCGAGGAGGAGCCGCCGCACGAGCUCGCUCUGCUCACCGCGCGCGACGUCAUGUCUGACAAGGUGAUCGUGCUGCGCGAGGUCGAGCGCGUGGGCGAUCUCCUGGCCGUCCUGCGUCGAUGCCGGCAUUCGGGAUUCCCAGUCGUCGAUACCGGCCGAUCCAACCAGUGCACCUUCUUCAGUGGUCUCAUUCUGAGGCGACACCUGCUCUUUCUGAUCAGCUCGCGUGCGUGGGAGUACGAGGUGCUGGGCCUCGCCGUUCCGAUCAAUGAUAAGCUUGCCUUCGUCGCGUCCGGGAGCGGCAACGCUGCUGGCGAGGACGCGCCCGUCUCGUCGCUGCACAUCUCGGAUGAAGACCGCGACCAACUCUUGGACUUGAGGCCUUUCAUGGAUCCAUGCCCCUUCUUGGCAAACGAACUAAUGCCCCUUCACCGCGUCUACAGACUCUUCGGUGGCCUCGGCCUGCGCCAUCUCCCAGUGGUCGACUGUCGCGAGCAGGUCGUCGGCAUGAUAACACGAAAGGAUGUGCUCCCCGACAUCAUCGAGGAACGAGUACUCGCCAAGUCGCAGGCGCGCCAACCCAUGUUGGACACCACGAGCUUCCCCGACGACAGCUGUGGUGAGCUGUACGGUGGCGGUGAGCACGGAAAGCCGCUUCAGACGUCGGAGCCAGGUGGCGGUCUGCCCACCAGCCCAGCGUUCCCCGAGCCUGCGACCGGCGCUCACCACGAUAGCACCUACUAA